AUGAGCGAAGUAUGCAUUAACGUGCUGGUAGGCCUUCCAGGAGCAGGUAAAACCACAUUCUGCCAAAAAUUUCAGAAUUUUUUGCAUGAGAAGCGAUCACAGAUAACCUUGAUUCACGUAUGCUUUGAUAACUUUUUAAAAAUCGCAUUCGACUGCGAAAAUUUCUUCAAGAUGCAGCGAAAGCAAUUUAUGGAAUGCGUUGAGUUACUCGUGGAUGCAGUUCGCAAAAAAGAUCAAAUAUCUCUCGACCAAGUCAAUGAAAAAUUAAUUGAAAAAUUCGGAACAAAUGUUCCAGUUAAUCUGAGCUCUGCUAUGUACUUACUCGUACUCGAUGACAAUAUGUAUUAUAGAAGUAUGCGCUUUGACAUAUACAAAAUUGCACGAAGAUAUCAAACUGGAUACUUCCAAACGUAUUUCGAUAUUCCACUCGAAGAAGCGAUGGCAAGAAACGCUUCCAGAUCGACACCUAUCCCAGAUGAUGUGGUUAUGCGUAUGAAUUUCCGAUUGGAAAAGCCAUGCGCGCAAUUUUAUAGGUGGGAGAAAAAUUCCAUUGCAACAAGGAACCCAUUAUUAGACUUUGAUAGAAUCGAGAAGAUGGCUAUUGAUCGGAUGAACCACCGUGAAAUCUUUGUUACGUGCAAGGUUGCUAUUCCAGUAGUGGAGCAAUCUAUCAUUCAUAGGUUGGAUCUAUUGUUGAGAAAAUCAAUCGGUGAAAUUAUUAAAGGUAAGAAAAAUGCUGCAAGUCCCGAAACAAUGAAAGCUAUCGCCGACGAGUUGAAUAGCAAACGAAAGGCAAUAUUGAGUGAUUUCAAAGCUGGAUUGGUAGAAAUUCCUGAUCCGCAUAGCGUUGACGUAGACCAUAUAAAAAUGUUAUUUUAGCUAUGAACUAUUGUAAAUAAACUAAAAUAAACGGACGUCUCUCUUGUGCCGAAA